AUGAAUGUAUUAAAUCUUCAUAUUAUUAUCUUACUGAUAUUUUCUUAUCACAAUGAUAUGGUAAUAGAUGGAAGCUAUGAAAAAAUUCCUCCACCUGGCACAUCAUCAUUAACAUUUGUAUUCGAUACAACUGGUUCAAUGAAUGAUGAUUUAAUUCAAGUACAAGAUGGAGCUAAAAAAAUUCUCGAUACUGUGCUCAAACAACGUGAAAAACUUAUUUACAAUUAUAUCUAUGUACCAUUUCAUGAUCCUAGAGUUGGACCAGUAUUUUCAACAACUGAUCCGAGAACAUUCCAAAGACAUCUCAAUUCGGUACACGUAGUGGGUGGUGGUGAUUGUCCGGAAAUGACGCUUACUGGUAUUCAAAUGGCUUUAGAAGCUUCAUUGCCAGCAUCUUUUAUAUAUGUUUUUACUGAUGCACGAGCUAAAGACUAUCAUUUAGAAGAACAAAUCAUUAAUUUAAUUCAGGAAAAGCAAAGUUCUGUAGUAUUUGUGAUGACAGGCGAUUGUAACAAUCGUACACAUCCUGGAUUUCGAUGCUAUGAAAAAAUAGCUGCUGUUAGCUUUGGACAGGUGUUUCAUUUAGAAAAAACUGAUAUUAAUAAAGUACUUAAUUAUGUUCGCCAUUCGAUCACAUUUAAAAAGGUUCAUAUUAUGUAUGAAGUUAGAGAUCACAGUGGUACAUCAUUAUGUCAAAUACCUGUUGAUAGACUUUUAACUGAAUUAACAGUAUCAUUGUCAGGUGAUAAGGAUGAUGGAAAUUAUUUGGAUAUUAGUUUGAUUAAUCCUAAAGGUGAACGAAUAGAUCGUGCGCAAUUCAGCGAUGAAAGUGGUUCAAUUGAUUUGAGCAAUAUUAAAUUAAUUCGAAUUCGAAAUCCAAUGCCAGGAAUUUGGAAAAUACGUACAUCAAGUCGUUUAAAACAUACACUGCGCGUACUUGGUCAUGGUGCAAUUGAUUUUAAAUAUGGUUUUGUUGUCAAAUUAACGGAUAGAAUGGAAUUAUCACAUCCACGUCCAAUUGCUUAUCAAAAUACUUACUUAAUUGUUACAAUGAAAGGAUUAAUAGCGCCGGGAAUGGUAACUGAUAUUUCAUUAAUUGAUUAUUAUGGUAAUGAAUUAUUAACAAAAUUAGCAACAAUGCAUAUGAAUAAUUCAUAUUCAUAUUAUAUUGGACCAUUUAUACCACCAAAUGGAUUAUUUUUUAUUCGUGUAAGAGGUGAUGAUGACCAAUCAUAUAAAUUUCAACGAAUCGCACCAACAGCAAUUUCAGUUAUUAAAACCACAAAACCAAGAGCAUAUAUGGCUAAUCGUAUGAUAGCAACCAUUUCACAGCCAUUUAAUUUGACAUGUUCAGUAGUUUCAAAAGGUGAAUUCACACUUUACUGGUAUAAAGAUAACAAACAAUUUGGUGAACCACUUUUUUACUCAUAUUCGGAUACAUCCGUUUGGACUUUCCAAGCAAUUACUCCACAAGAUCGUGGCUACUAUCAUUGUAUAAUUAUAAGUCCAUCCGGAAAUCAUACUGUUACUACAUUCCUUGAAACAGAAGAACAAGCACCUGUGAUCACAUCCAUUCGAAAUGAAUCAAUAGCACGAGGAAGUGCAGCAUUUUUGCAUUGUCGCACUGAAAAUUUCAACGCUGUAACGCGAUGGCUAAAAAACGAUUCAAUGAUUGAUAAUACGGCUAAAACGCGUUUGUAUGCUAAUGGUACACUGAUGAUUACUGAUGUUAAUAUGCAUGACGAAGGCAUUUAUCAUUGUCAUGUGCAAACAUCAGGUGGUCAUGCUGAAGCCGUCAUGCAUCUGCAUGUCAUAGAAGCUCCUAAAGUUCAAGUCAUGCCGCAGCAAUUGCAUUUCACACGUGGACAGUCAUUUAAUAUUUCAUGUUUCAUUGAUGGCGAUAUGACUUCAGAACCUAAAUGGUACUUUAAAGAACGUCAAAUUAUUCCAAACAAUCAAAAAUACUACAUCACUUAUAAAUACAAUCUAAUUGUUCAACAAGCAACAGAAAUUGAUGCUGGAGUAUAUGAAUGCCGUGCAAGUAAUGCUGCAGGUUCACAUGCAGAUAGCAUGAUUGCACAAAUAUCAACACCGCCAAAAAUACGUGUUAUACGUGAUCGACAAAUGAUUGGCAGGGGUGAUAGUGUCACAUUGGAAUGCAUCAUAGUUCGAGGAAAUCCAAGACCAAAAAUUACAUGGUUUCGUGGAGGACGUGAAAUUCCAAGUUAUAAGUAUAUUACAAUUGAUGAAAAUAAGCUCACAAUUCAGGGAGUACAAGAUUCUGAUGCUGGAUCGUAUACGUGUAUUGCGCAAAAUUUAGCUGGACGUGAUUUAGGAGUAAUUAAUCUUGAUGUAGGAAGUAUGCCAACAAUUGUACCAACACCAGAAAUAGUCCGAGUGAAUAUUGAGCGAUCAGUAACACUUCAAUGCCGUGCAAUAGGAUAUCCUUUACCAAAAAUUAAAUGGCAUCGUAAUGGUGUAUCAAUUGAAAAAUUGAAUGACCGUAUGAAAAUUCUACCAGAUGGAAGUCUCCUAAUUAAUAAUGUUCAAAUUGAUGAUCAAGAUCGCUAUACAUGUACAGCUGAGAAUAUAUUCGGUCGUCAAGAUAAAACAAAUGUAUUAUUAAUUACUGGACUUGUGAACCCAGUAUUAGGACAUGUACCACCAGAAGAGAAAUUAUUAGAGAAUGGAGAACUUCGUUUAUCUUGUAUUGUUGUUCUUGGAACACCAAAACCAAUUCUUCGAUGGUAUAAAGAUGGCAAACCAUUACAAUCUUCCAUUUAUGUUACGGUAGAAUCAGGUGGUAGUAUUUUACUCCUACGUAAAGGUCGUCCACAAGAUGAGGGUCAAUAUACCUGUGUUGCGACUAAUUCAGCUGGCAAUGCUUCUCUCAAUAUUAAUGUCAAAUUGAUUAAAAAACCUCAAAUCGAGAAAAAUGAUGUAUUGAAAUAUACUUUACCAGCGGGAAAAAUGCUAGAAAUUCCAUGUCGUGCUACUGGAAAACCACAUCCAAAAAUAGUUUGGAGCAUUAAUGGUAAAUCGAUUAGUUCCAGCAAUUCAGAAUAUGAACUUCUUCCGGAUAACACACUGCGAAUUCAACAAACAAGCGUAAGCCAUUCAGGAAAAUAUCAUUGUACAGCAUCAAAUGUAGCAGGUGAAGCAAAGCAAGCAAUUGAUGUGAUCAUUCUUGGUCCGCCUGUUAUUGAACUUGGGCAAAUUUCAUAUAAUUUAAUUCAGGGCAAUUCAAUUACAUUACCUUGUAAAGUUCGCAGUGAUUCUACACCAACGAUUACUUGGUAA